AUGAAUAAAAUAAAAAACCGAGGUAGCAAUUGUUCAAAUGCAAACUUGAAAGAGAAACCUGAGUCCGAUGAUCCAACUGUUAUUCAAACGGGCGCAAUCAAGAUUGAAAAGUCUGCGGUUCCAUCCAAAAACUCAAAAUCUCUCUUAACUUGGGAUGAAUUAGAACCCUGGCAACAGGAUAACCAGUACAUUAUUUCAGCAUAUCGGCCUGCCACUUUUUCUUUUCCCGGAAGCCUCAAAAGCAUUCUUUACUUGCACAAUGAAUCUAUAAAUAUUUGGUCGCACCUAUUAGGAGCAAUCGUCUUUCUUUUCUUUAUUAUACGUUCAGAGAGGAUACUUGUACGAGAAACCACUACUUCUCAGGAUGUUUAUGUCUUUAUGGUAUUUUUGAUUAGUGCUCUGACAAUGCUUUUUUGCUCAACUUUUUAUCAUACUGUAUCAAAUCAUUCAAGUCAUGUUUCCAAAUAUGGGAAUAAACUUGAUUAUCUCGGCAUCGUUAUUAUGAUCGUUGGCUCUUUUGUCCCUUGCCUUCAUUACGGCUUUGCUUGCCAUGCCAGCUUUCGUACACUAUAUAUAGGAACAAUCUUUUCAAUUGGUGUGAUUGUUGGAUCUACAUGUAUGCUAGAUCGCUUUAGGCAACCAGAAUGGCGAAGUUUCAGAGCGGUUCUCUUUAUAAUAAUGGGGUUGUUUGGUAUAUUCCCGGUACUACAUGCUCUUUUCAUAUAUACACUUAAAGAUCUGCUAGUACGAAUGGGUCUCGGAUGGCUAAUUCUUCAAGGAGCGUUUUACAUUGUAGGUGCCACUAUUUAUGCAAACAGGAUACCAGAAAAAUGGUAUCCAGGCAAAUACGACAUAUUUGGAAGCAGUCAUCAAUGGUUUCAUGUGUGUGUAGUCAUCGCUGCUCUUUGCCAUUUUCGUGGUCUUUUGAUUGCGUAUGAUUACUUCCAUGAAGCGGCUAAUUGCUAA